AUGAGUGUUGCGCGAGGUCGAAUGGCUUGUGCAUCUUGCACAAAAAGGAAAGUCAAGUGCUCCAAGACAGUACCGUGUGUUCAUUGCAUCCGAAGAGGGGAGCAAGACACCUGUGGUAUAAUAUCAAAUAUCGAAUCACCAGUCAUCGAACAUACUGUCUCGCAGUACUUCCCAUCAUCCGCGGCACCACUUGAUCAUGAUGAACAACUAUCGGCGCUCAGCCGUCGGGUGGCCGAACUCGAAGCCGAGCUCCAGCAGAAAACCUAUUCCACACCUGAAGUGGCAUCGCAUCGGGUCCGAAACCUCGACACAAGCAUUAAUCGCGAGACUGGAGGCGCAGAGCUGGCUCGCGAUGCAGUGGCUGAAGACGCUGCGUCGAUCCUGGAAUUCCUUGCCUGGGGUCGGAGAAAGAACCCAGAGUAUCAUGCAGUCGCUUCACCCGAGGCUGCUGUGACGACGGCACAGGCCGGGGAAGUGGUAGCAAAUGCCCAAGUUGAACCAUCGGCAGCCGACACUGGGUUUCUACAAGAUAUAUCUCAUACUUCAGUUCUUCAGCUGCUGUUACCUGACAAGCAGCGAACUUGGGACUUGGUUCUGUGGCAUGAGAGAUGCUUAUUAUGGUACCACUGCUCAUAUUAUGCGCCGUCUCUCAGAAAGCAACUAGAAAGCUUUUAUAGCAACCACGGCGGCUCCGUCGAAAACCCCGGGGUAAAUCUUCAAUGGGUCGCAUUUCUAUUUGCGGUUCUAGCGGGAAGCUUGACGUGCAUGCCAAACAACACCGCUGAACAAUGGGGCUUCGGUGAGGACGAGCGAGAGACCCUCUCGAAGCGAUGGUUUCAAGCGGUUAUUUCCUGUCUUAACAAGGCCGAUUAUGCUGCCAACCAUUCAAUACUUUCUAUCCAGGCAAUCGCUACGCUCACCGUAUCAGCUCAUAUGCUGGGCUUCUCCAGCACCCAGUCAAUCCAUCUCGCUGCAGCAGUCCGGAUAGCACAAAGUCUUGGCCUUCAUCGUCUAACCUCCGACGCCUCCGGGAGCGAGGUAGAGAAAGAAACCGGGCGGCGGGUCUGGUCCCAACUCUGCAGUCAGGAUUGGUUUUCCUUGCCUUUUUCCGAGACAUAUCUCGUCAACCCCCUUUACUCAAAAUCGGAACUCCCGAUGAACUGCCAUGACGAGGAAGUCCUGCCGCUGCCCGACUUUGUUCCCACCGUCACUGGUUAUAGUCGCUUUCUACACUCAAUUGCCAGUAUCAUGCCUCGUUUGCAAGAUGGCCUCGUGUCCUCCAAUACACUGUUCACAAAGUAUGAACAAGUCGUGAAGUGGGAUAAGCAGCUCAGGACUCUCGCCACAGCCGGUCGGCCAAUCUAUCUGUCCGCUGUCCCACUAGACUCACAAUGGCCCGUAUUCGUCCCUUGGGCCCGCAGGUCACUCGCCAUAUCCUCAUCUCACAAAAUAAUCAUGAUACACCGGUCGUUCUUAUCCGAGAGCUUUACAAACCCAGCUUUUGGUUUCACCAGACGAACAUGCCUUGCCGCCUCGAAGACAAUCAUCAAAGAGUAUAAGUGUGUCGUCGAGGAAAAUGGACCAGUUCUUUGGAUCCAUCAAGCGUUUUCAGUUGCCGCAUCCGUAAUCUUGAUAUUGGAUGUCUUGCAUCGGGAAAACUGUGAGCCAGAAUCUAUGGAACAUCUUCAGCUGUACGAGGGGUGA